CUGUCUCCCUCAUCAUCCUUGCAUGUUUCUGUGUUAAUGGUUCUUAAGCCAUAUUCUAGGUUCUAUCUCAUUGUAUUGAUCAUGUUUAUAUUGUUGAUGGCCAUGCAGGUCUAUAUUGUGUACAUGGGUGCACUUUCUAAAGGUGAAGAAUAUUCACUUACAUCUCAGCACCUUAGCAUGUUAGAGGAAGUUCUUGAGGAUAGCAAUAAAGCCAACAACUUUGUGCGAAGCUAUCAAAGAAGUUUUAAUGGAUUUGCAGCGAAACUCAAUGAACAAGAAAGACAAAAGCUUGCCAGCAAGGAAGGUGUAGUAUCUGUUUUCCCUAGUAGGAUUCUCCAACUUCACACAACUAGGUCCUGGGACUUCAUUGGUUUGUCCAAGGAUGUUAAAAGAAUACCCAAGGCUGAAAGUGAUGUGAUUGUUGGUGUUCUUGACACUGGAAUAUGGCCAGAAUCUGAAAGUUUUAGUGACGAAGGAUUUGGCCCUCCUCCUAAGAAAUGGAAAGGUGUUUGUAAAGGAGGCAAUAAUUUUACAUGCAACAACAAGAUCAUUGGUGCACGAUUUUACUCUAAUGAAAGUAAUUCAGUGAGGGAUACAGAAGGACAUGGGACACAUACUGCCUCCACAAUUGCCGGUAACUUAGUAUCUAAUGCGAGCUUUUAUGGAGUAGCCCAAGGGAAUGCACUGGGAGGUGUACCAUCAGCAAGGAUUGCAGCUUACAAAGUUUGCAAUCCAGAAGGUUGCGCUGGAAGUGAUAUCCUUGCUGCUUUUGAUGAUGCCAUUGCGGAUGGAGUAGACAUCAUCUCAGUUUCACUAGGAGGGAGGACUGUCAUUGACUUUGAUUCAGAGACCAUAGCAAUCGGGGCAUUUCAUGCCAUGCAGAAUGGCAUCCUCACAUCACAGUCUGCUGGAAAUAGUGGUCCGAAUAGGCAAACAACCACAAGUGUUGCACCUUGGAUACUAUCUGUCACGGCAAGCAAUACAGACCGCCAUAUCAUUGAUAAAGUAGUCCUAGGAGAUGGAAAGGUCCUUAAGGGUAAUUCCAUAAAUUCUUUUACUUUGAAUGGAACAAAGCAUCCAUUGGUAUAUGGAAAAGAAGUAGCAACAGCAGAAUGUGAUGAAGAAGCGGCUCGACUUUGUUCCAAAUUCUGCUUAGAUAGUGGUUUGGUGAAGGGAAAGAUUUUGUUGUGUGAUCAGUCAACUAAAGGAGAAGAAGCACAGCAAGCUGGUGCUCUAGGGACAGUAAUGACAGCUGAUGGAUAUGACUUUUCUUUUAUAUAUCCUUUACCUGCAAUACAGUUAAGCUCCCAAACUGCAGAGCAGGUCAAGUCUUACAUAAAUUCCACAAAAAACCCUACAGCAAACAUCUUGAAGAGUGAGGCAGAAAAUGAUUCAUCUGCCCCAACUGUUGCUUCAUUCUCUUCCCGUGGACCAAAUGGGGUUACACCAGAUAUUCUCAAGCCAGAUAUAAGCGCCCCAGGAGUAGAUAUCUUGGCUGCAUUUUCACCUCUACGUUCACCGUCAAAUACUCCUACUGAUGUAAGGAAAGCGAAGUACAGUAUAUUAUCUGGGACCUCCAUGUCAUGUCCUCAUGCUACCGGUGCCGCCGCUUAUGUUAAAUCUUUUCAUCCCAAUUGGUCACCUUCUGCCAUCAAAUCUGCACUCAUGACCACUGCUUGGCCAAUGAAUGCCACCAGGAACCCGGAUGCUGAAUUUGCUUACGGUGCUGGCCAUAUCAAUCCAGUGAAAGCUAUAAAUCCUGGUCUGGUAUACGAAAUCCUAAAUGAUGACUACAUCAAAUUCCUCUGCAAUAUAGGCUGGGAUACCAAGAGGGUUAGAAUUAUAUCAGGAGACAACAGCAGUUGUCCCCAAGGCACUAAAGGAACGCCAUUGGAUCUCAAUUAUCCAUCAAUGACAGCUUAUCUUCAACAACAAGAUAAGCCUUUUGCAAUUAAUUUUACGAGGACAGUUAAGAAUGUUGGUUCAGCAAACUCCACAUACAAAACAUCAGUCAUCACUUCCCAUUCUGACAUUAAAAUCAGUGUUGAGCCUAGUGUUCUCUCUUUCAAAUCAUUGAAUGAGGAUAAAUCAUUUGUAGUGACUGUAUCUGGAAGUAAAUUAGACCCAAAGACGUCUAUGGCAUCUGCAUCACUGGAGUGGUCCGAUGGCACUCAUAGUGUGAGAAGUCCGAUUGUUGUGCACUCAUUUUCCGGUGCUUCUAUAUAGUUAUUUGUAUAAAGUUUUGAUUCAUGAUAGAAGCAUAUAAAAUCACUACAGAUGGCAAGUGGAAUGUGCUUUAGAUAAUAAAAUUCAAUAUCUAUUAAUUCAUGUUGCAAUUUUUAGUUUAAUUAUCAU